GGGGGUGACUGACAGCCGUGGGGGCCCGGCGCCGUCGCCAUUGUGCUGCGGGGAGAGGCGGCUGGCUCGGCGAGGACGCCUGCGGGCCCGGCUCCUCCGGUGACCCUGGGUGUGCGCGCCCGCGGCAGGUACAAAAAAUGGAAUCUAAACCCUCAAGAAUUCCUCGGAGGAUAUCUCUUCAGGCCUCCAGCGCUCCAAUAGCAUCCCGACCAUUAACUGGAAACAGUUUAGCUGGGGCAUAUAGUGCAAGAGAAUCUUCACGGAGAUUAGACUCUGGAUACCAGGUAAUGUGUUUUGACUCUUUCUGUGAAGCAUACAUUCAUUUAAUGUUUGUUUCUCACAGAGAAAAACCCUAGAGUCCCUGCCCCCUCCCCCCCCCGGGGGGAAUUAAAAGGAAAAGUCUCAGCCAAGGUCUUGCAUUUGUGAACAAAAAACAUAAUUAAUCAUACAAGGCAAUGAUUUGACGAUCAGGCCAGUGACAGUUUUCACAGAAUCACAGAAUGGCUGAGGUUGGAAGGCACCUCUGAAGAUCAUCGGGUCCAACACCCCCCGCCAAGCAGGAUCACCUAGAGCACGUUGUGCAGGAUGGCAUCCAGGUGGGUUCUGAAUAUCUCCGAAGAGGGAGACUCCACAACCUCUCUGGGCAACCUGUGCCAAUGCUCGGUCACUACUACAGUAAAUAAACGUUUUUGUCAUAUUCAGCUGGAACUUCCUGUGUUUCAGUUUGUGCCUGUUGCCCCUUGUCCUUUUGCUGGGCACCACUGAAGAGUCCAGCUGCAUCCUCUUGACACCCUCCCUUCAGAUACUUGUAUACGUUGAUAAGAUCCCCUCUGUCUUCUCUUCUCCAAGCUAAACAGGCCCAGCUCUCUCAGCCUCUCCUCGUCUGAGAAAUGCUUCAGUCCGCUAAUCUAGUGAACUAGUGAACCCGUGAACUAGUAGUUCUAGGUUUGACAUCUUUACCUACUUUUGCUUGUAGCUCCACCUUUAAAAAUCAGCUGAUUGAUUGAGAAAAGGGCAUCCUGAUACCCUUUUGCUUUAAACUAAAAGAGGGGAGGUUUAGAUUGGAGAUUAGGAGGAAAUUCCUCACUCAGAGGGUGGUGAGGCACUGGGACAGGUUGCCCAGAGAGGCUGUGGAUGCCCCAUCCUUGCAGCUGUUCAAGACCAGGUUGGACGAGGCCCUGAGCAACCUGACCCAGUGGGUGGUGUCCCUGCCCAUGGCAGGGGGGUUGGAACUAUGUGAUCUUUAAGGUCGCCUUCAACCCCGGCUGUUCUGUGAUUCUAUGAUAUGAUUUUAUGAUACUAUGGAUCUGUUUUGACAGUAGUUACUGCUGUCCUAAACUUGGGUAAAUAGGUGUUUCUGGUGAGGGAAUGUGAGGAUUUUACUGGAAUGUUAUGUUAAUAGGGCAUUAUACUUCAUGUGUGGAUAGUGAUGCAUGUAUAGGAAUACGUUGCGGUUCUAAGAGUUAACGGUAGGAUGUACUACUCUGCAGCACGUACUCACUUUGCUUUCUGUAAGAAAAGGUAAGAGGAGAACUUUCAGGUUUACAUCAUACUGUCCUGUCAGUAUGUUAGUACAGCUACACCUGGCAAUGGAUAGGGCUGUGGCAGAGACCUUUGCUGUUUCGUGCCAGCCAAAUUGGUUUUUCGCGGGAUGAAGGUAUGCUCGAGUAAGAAUUCAUACUUUGGAGAUGCUUUCACUUUGAAAGAGUAUUGUGGUAAGUAUAGAUUAAACUAAUACAGAAAUUAUUUUGGGACAUUUAGAAGUAACCAGAAGGCUGUUGGGUUCGAUUAUCUUAAUUUUGUUUCUGCUCCUGUCAGCAGUUCCCACCUAAAAUUUUGGGACUAGAAAUGUAAGGGCGUUUUGGUCUUUGAAAUUGCAGAAUUUUAACUUGAUGACUAAAUGUUUAUAUUUAUUGUAUAAAAUGGUAAUGAAUUCGGUCCCUGCUAACAAGCGAUAUGGGGCGUUGUGUUGUGUAAUGCCUUUACCAGAAAUAGUUUCACAAGUAACGCAUCUAAUUAUCUUUAGUAUGAUGCAUGUAUAGCCACGUGUUACACUUUGUUAUAUCUAGCCUGCAUGUGUUUGUUAAUAUGUAGGCUACAAAGAAUGUCUAAGGGUAGUCUUCAGACAGUUUUGAUCUAUUUAUUUUUUUGUAUUCCUACCCAUUUUUUGUAGACUGAUCACUCGGUAAAACCAUCUGAAUAAAAAAUAAUAAAAAAUCUAAUAGUCUUGCUCUUUCAUAGGGUUUAUGGACCCAUCCAGUCUAGACAGGAUGACACUGAAAGCUUUUGGUCGGAAGAGUAGUGUCAAGCUGUGAAGCUAGAUAAGUUACCAAAGUAUUUUUCCACUGUUAAGGAAUUAGGAGGGUUAUGUACUUGAUUUCAUUUAUUACAUGAACUGCAGCAUUUACACUGUGCAAUGCAUUAUCAUUUGGCUGUUUUGUGCUGAGCAACGUGCUUCUACUCUGAGGAAUGACCUUUACAAUACUUUCCAGGUAAAACAGACGGAAAAUAAUAGCAGAGAGGAUCAUGUUGAAUCGCUUUUUUCCACUCCAAUUUAUAGAAGAUAGCCUGAGAGCUUGUUAUAUGAGACUAGUGCCCAGCAGUUAAAUAAAUAAAACAUACGCAAGCGUGCUUUAAUGGAAGAAGAUGGUAACUCGUCAUGUUGAAAGUCGAGGUCCUUAACUCUGUCCUGUUUCUGGAGCAAGUUGGGGUAACACCCCAAAAACCCUAUUGUCCACAAUGAAAUGAGAGGACAGAUAAAGGAGGAAUCCGCUGUAUUGAAUACUUCUGGUAGAGACUGGGGAAUUGGAGAAAGAGAGACCCAUGAAACUGCUUGGAAGCUUACAGCGUCCUCUCCAACUCACUACUCAGGGACACUUGAUCAUCCACGGUCUGGAAGAUUCUGGGGAAGCAGAAACAGACUGUCUACAUCUUCCUCCUCUCAUUUUACAUCUGGGUGUUAUGGUGAGACUGAGAGAACUCAGGGAGCAUAUUCAAGACUGCAUAACCAGCAGCAAGAUAGUGAUUCAAAGAGACCUAAGCUGUCCUGUACGUCUACCUCUUCUGUGAGAAAUAAUGGCUUGACUGCCUUUUCAGAUGCCUCUUGGAGGUAUAGUAGGAUUCCUAGAUCUUCAUCUGUGAUGCUCGGUUCUCUGGGAACUGAGCUGGUGAGAGAGCGAAGAGAGUUAGAAAGAAGAACAGAUAUGUCCAUUAAUGAUCUGGUGGAUCACAGUUACAGAAGCAAUGACUUUUCAUCUUCAACAUAUCUUCAGGAUAGGCCUGCCUCUUCAUACGCAGAGGGAGCAAGACCAAAAGAGAAUUCAUUAAGCGCUUUGAGGCUGAAUGCAUCCAUGAACCAACAGUUGCCUUCUGAUCGUCAGCCAUCUUUUUUCAACAGAGACUCUAACAUAAACUCUUCAAGAUCGAGCUAUUCUUCAAGACAAAGGAGAAAUGAAAUGGAAUCUCCCCAGAGGAGCAUGCAGCCAGCAUUUUCUCAUACUGCCAUUAGAGAAGAAAUUCCUUCCUCAAGUGGUUCUGAAAGGGUUUUAUCUUCUCAGAGGUCAUUAAAUGAGGCUGCUGCUGACAGCGAAGGGAGGCGCACAACCAGACAGCUGCUGUCUCGUUUAGCAUCUAGUAUGUCAUCUACAUUUUUCUCUCGAAGAUCUACCCAGGAUUCAUUGCAUACAAGGUCAUUAGGUUCUGAAGAGUCAUCUGUUGUCCCAAGAGUUCAAGCUUCUGCCAUGUCUAGUGCUAAUGGAGCUGCAACUCCAGAAACGCCAGGACUUCAGACAUCUGAAGCUUCUCAGGGAUUUAGUUUUCUUAGACGAAGAUGGGGUUUAUCAGGAAUUUCACAGAAUCUUAACUCUGAUUCGGACGGGGAAAGCUACAGACCAGACUCUGAAAGCAGGAGCACAGGAUCCUGGUUGUCGUCAUCUUUGAGGAACAGAUGUACACCUCUCUUCUCCAGAAGAAGGAGAGAAGGAAGAGACGAGUCUGCAAGGAUCUCUACCUCUGAUACAACUGCUAGAUCGCAACAUGUCUUCAGAAGAAGAGAGUCAGGUGAGGAGACCUCUCUUGAAGCAUCAGAUAGCCCGCCUAGGGCUUCUGUUAGCAGACCAUCAACACCUGCAGUAUCUGGUAUUCCUACAGCUACUGCCUCCCCACCAGAUUCAACGCACAGCAGGAGAAGUUCGGGAAUUCUGCCUGGUUCUCUCUUUCGCUUUGCAGUGCCUCCAACAUUAGGAAGCAGUCUGUCUGACAAUCUUAUGAUAACUGUAGAUAUUAUUCCCUCUGGCUGGAAUCAGUCUGAAGGACAAGAAAGUGAUAAGUCUAAAAUACCACCUUCAAGAGAUCCAGAAAGACUCCAGAAAAUUAAAGAGAGUCUGCUUUUAGAAGAUUCUGAAGAUGAAGAGGGUGACUUAUGUAGAAUCUGUCAGAUGUCGUCUGCAAGUUCUGACAACCUUUUAAUAGAGCCAUGCAAAUGCACUGGAAGUCUUCAGUAUGUUCACCAGGAGUGUAUGAAAAAAUGGCUGCAGUCCAAGAUUAAUUCAGGUUCUUCUUUGGAAGCAGUGACUACUUGUGAACUGUGUAAGGAGAAGUUACAUCUGAAUCUGGAAGACUUUGAUAUUCAUGAACUCUAUAGGGCACAUGCGAAUGAACAAGCAGACUAUGAAUUUAUCAGCUCUGGUCUCUACCUUGUAGUGUUGUUACACUUAUGUGAACAGCGCUUUUCUGAUAUGCUAGGAACUGCAAGUGAGGCCAGCACACGUGUCAGACUUCUGAGGAUGAUUCUGAAGACUGAUGCUGGUGGAACUGUGUUGCAAGAGACAAACGGAUGUGCUGCAGAAAUGCUGAACUGGCAAGAACAACAUCAACGUGCAUUUGUUUUUUGCUCUCCUUAGUAAAAAGUGCAUUGAAUAUUACUGUAGUUUUUGAAGCACUGUUAAAUUCAAAAUCAACUGCUGCACUGUGGAACUCAGUGGAUUUGAGAACUACUCAGCAUGUGCAAGGAUCAGAUAUAUGUGUGUAUAUGUAUAUAUAUAAGGCAACUUCACUUUUUAAAUGAUGGUGAUGUGCUUCGUUUUGGGAGACAUCAGAUUUUGAAUAUUUAAGAAAGCUAUAUCUCUCUUUAUUUCCUUCUUACUGUAGUCACAUUUCUGGUUUUGUCUAUCCAGUUUGGCUCCUCUACUGGCACUACGUGGUUAUUGUGGGUUUUGGGGUAAGGGCGGGCAGGGAGGGUGGGGAAGUCCAUGUACCUAAGUAGCUUUUUUUUCUUUUCUUUUUUUUUAAUGCCUCUUUUGCGGCCUCAUAUAGUAACUGAUUGCUUCCAGUGUUAAUGAAUGAGCAGGAGGAUGAGCAAGGUACAGUAGAGACUGUUUGGUUUUCAGUUUAUUUGAAGAGUAUUAACUCAAAAAGCAAUAAGAACUUGCAGUGGUCUUCUAAUACGUAGUGUUAAUGAUGUUUUUUUUUUAUUUACCGGUUUGGAAGUUGGAGAUUAUAUUUGAUAUUAUGUGGGUAUUCCAUUAUGGAAUAUUGCAGGUGUAAACUCUUGCAUUUCAGCAUUCCUGGCAGAUACGCAACUCGAAAAAGACCUAAGUUUGUGUUAGUUCAAUCAGACUUUUUUAUGUCCCACCUUCACUGUUCAAAGCACUGGUUAUCGAUGUGUUUUCUAGUGUUGUCACUUCUUUAUAAAUAAAGUUAAAAUGAGGUAUGCA